CUCCCACUAUGUUCUUCUCAUCCCUGUAGCCUAGACUCCAAGUCUCCUCGGAGCUUUUCAUCUUACUUCUCGUCCUACUUCUCAUCACUCGUCUCGACUCGCUCGCUCCUUGGAAAUACCCGCUCGCUACUCGAAUACCCGAAGAAGCAGUUUGUUGGAUUGAUGGCUUCGACAUCAGGGUGCAGUGCUUUGCACGCCACAGCGGCGAUCACGGCUGCCUCGUGCACUCCAUCACACCUCCUGGCUUCACUCUACAGCUUCGACCUUGUCCUUCUCCCAUCACCUAGCUUCCUCGCUCCGUCCAUCUCCAUGUCCUUGCUCACUCGUCUCACUGUCUUUGCUCGCUCUCGGAUCUUCUGCUGCAAAACCGAGGCACCUUCAAGGACAGCGGAAGCGAGUGAAGGACGGGAGCGAAUUGGCGAGCACGGAGAAGACGAGCGAGCAGGCGGAUCGAGUUCAAGAGCCCGAGAGCAGCAGGAGAUGUGCGAGCGAGCGAGCUUGGCUGGCAGCGGCGGCGAGAUUAGCUCGCUGACAAGGUGCGUGGACUCACUCUGAUCCCCGAUUCGAGCGCUGACCUACGUUUCGAGGGUGCUCGCCUGAGGAGCGGGACUGCAUCGAGUGUGAUGCAUGAACAGCAAGCCUACGGUGCGUGCCAAAAGCAUGUAUUGAUUGCCUCGAGCUUACAUCGUGUGAUACGAGGACACCAGCGGGGACUCACCUUGGGCCGCACACGAGUGCCAACACGUCAGUGACUGGGCUGGGGCAG